AUGGCUUGCGCAUUUACCAGCGACUACAACGCUCAGAUCUCAGACGCUAAACUUCGUUUGAAGGAGCUCUCUGGAACCACUGUCGAAGAGAGGGCUUCUGCUCUGUCCCUUUUGCUCUGUGUACAGUUUUGGAGGGCCAAUAGGCAACCGGACAGUGAUAUGGUCGCGACUGCAUCGUGCAAACGGCUAUUGGAGAGCAAGCCCACAUUAGAUUCGUUGCUCGUUCUCGCUCAAUAUCAAGAUGAGUCUGACUAUAGCUCUCUGAUAACCGACUCGCCUUCAUUCCCACCCUUCGUGUCCUCCGAGUCUCGACGGAUAUUGGAAGAGCUUGGUGAGAGGAUAGAAGAAGCGGCCAACGACGAAUAUUUGUUUCCGUGGGUGCCAUCGGCACCGUCAGACGGUCCAAUAUACGAAGACCAGGAUGUCCUCGCUCACCUUAAAUCCCUCAGGCUCCGGACACGUGCGGAACUCAUCCCAGAGCCCAGCUUUAUUCUGCACGAUCUAGGCGGGUUUGGUCGCGACCAAAUUCUUGCUGCUCGUGUAGCGCGACUGUUUACGCCGAAAAACAAAUUCCUUGUGAAUGCUUCAGGUACCGGCAAGACGAGACUGUGCUACGAAGGGCUCUGCACCAACUGGGGCCUUUACUUCACCCUCGAAGUCGAUUCGGGCCGACUUGGGAGCACCGAUGUGCAGUACACACUUGAGAAGCUGUUAAAUAUCCCUGAAUUUAGGGAGGACAUCGACUACAGUGACUCGGAUGCACCACGCCUUGUCGAAACAAACACGGUUUUGGCCGCUCGCUGGCUUGGAACCAUUCUUCUCUCUCGGCUUCUCGUCUUCCAACUCUUCUUGGAGACUCUUUCCCGCGACGAUCUCGGCGACAGAGCGAAAAGGCGAUGGCUGGAGCUGCAACUCACCCCAUUGAACUUUGGCUUCGCAGGCGACGAGCCAUUGGCCACGUUGGCGGAAACACUAGGGGGAAAUGAUACCGAUGUCACCUAUUUACAAGCCAACAUCGACGAUGCCUUGCGAAAAAUCCGACAUGUUCUUGGCAACGACUCGUCCAUUUUCAUUGUCAUUGAUGAGGCUCAAGUUGGUAUCGAUCCAGAACUUGGAUGCCCCUUUGGUGAAGGGCAGCCUUUCCUCUGGGAGAUUCUCCGGGAGUGGCAAACACUGACGAAAAGUGCUUGCACUUACAUCUGUGCUGGUGUUGAGAUCCCUUUUUCCAUGUUCAGCGGUCAGGUUGGUGGCGAGUUCGAAUGGACCUCGGAUACCGGCGCUUUCGACGAUCCAGAAGCUCAUGAACAAUACAUCACAAAAUUCCUACCUCCCACCCUUCGCGACUCUCCUUCUGGUCAAUUACUUGUCGCCCGCCUCUGGCGGUGGUGUCGUGGAAGGCAUCGAAUCACAGACCACUUUAUAUUUCUUCUCCUUACGUCUGGCCUUCAAUUUCCGCAUACGACUUUGUCGCAGUAUAUUUCCGAAGCAUCCGGUGUUGAAGCCUUCGAUGCGAUACAUGCCUGCCACGAUGAAGCACACCCAAGACCACGGUCUUGGUAUUUCCGUUUUGGAAAGCCCACCUUCGAAUGGCUUGCGCCUGACGACAAGGACUUGGUUAUUGCUCUGCUUUACCGUACUGUGGCUACACACCAUAUGCACAAUUUCGGACCUGAACACAUACAGCUAGUAUCAAGAGCACACGCUCGCUUUAUUGAUGCUAACUUGUCGCAAAUCGUGUUCGAUGAGCCGAUGGUCCUGGCCCGCGCCGCUCGUCAGCUAUUUCCUACUCCCAUUCGAGCACAUGAGGGAGAACCUCACGAUCAGCCGGCUACCUUCAUAUCAACCUUACAAAUCAAUCCUCCCAGAACCCGGCAAGGUGUUGCCCAUUGUCUCGCUUUCUACCUCUCUCAAGUACUUGGCCGCCCACGAACAUUGACCGACAUUUUCAAAUUUCCACACACAGCUCCCGCUUGGGCUCUCCGAACAGCGCAACUCGUGCGUUUUCGUCUGGACAAGUCUGGAGCGCCUGAGCACGUGAUGCUAGACUCAGAUGCAGACAAAUCAUCGCUACCACUUGCCACAGUAACUGAUACACUGCCGGAGACUAUCAAAUGGAUUGAACAUGCACACGGAACUACAUUUUGCAUACCAUCUUCGCUCAACUUAGACUUGCUGUGCGCUGUCCGGUUGGAAGAUGGUUCGUUUAUUUGGCUCGCUGUCCGUGCGCUCGCAACGGACGCGCCUAUGAAUGGCGAAACUCUACAACCACUGGUCUCCCAUAUGGAUAUCGACGAUGUUUUCCGUGAGGAAGGUGCCGAUACUGUUUCCAUUAAAUCGGCUGUUGAUGCUCUUCGUUCCUUACCUGGAGUAAAACAGCGACCUUGUCUCCUUCGCGCAGUCACAGGAUUCCCCGUCGAGGUCGAUGUCCGUCCCUGUGUGGAUAAGCGUUGCCGCGAUGUCGCCAACCUUAGUUUUAGAGCUCUUCGACGCAAGGAGGACCAAGUCAUGCAGGACGACUUUUUCACUGCCAUGGUCAACGGGGCCAUCGCUGGCACUAAACGAAAGUCGCGUUGGGACGACGGGUCAAUACAAGAAAAUUAUAAACGUGGCAAGAUGCUGCAGGAGCUAUUGAUGAAGCAGUCUGAUCCGAACUACGAAAGAGGCAUGACAGAGGUAGAGCCGCAUUAUUCGUGGGACUUGCGAAGGGACUUGAGCGAGUGGUACGAAGAAUACAAUCCGCUGGAUGCUGUUUAUGGGACUAAACGACCUCGGCUUUCGCUAUUUGAUGAUAAACCAAGAAAGCGACCGCGACAGCCCCGGCAAUCGGUCAAACGCAGAAAAGAUCACGGCGCGAGGAAGAAAUUGGGUAUAUAG